AUGUCCAAGGAAAUUGAUGAGAUCGGUCUUCCGGCCUUUUCCUUGCCUCUUGACUACGCACCGGACGCCAGUUUUCCGAACGCGUUGAUGAUAGAUGACGCUGACAGCUUUGCGCGACUUGACACGUACCGAGAAACUUUGAUGCGUCAAGCCAUGAACUCGAUUAUCGACAAGCCGGAAUGGUAUCGCAAAGUCUUUGACGACGAAAUCACGGCAAAAUGGCGCCAGGAAGUCGCGGAUAGUGGGAAAGAUAUCUCUCCCAAGAUGAUGGACUGGAUCAUACAAGAGCUCCGUUGGAAGGCAGAUUAUUUUGACAAGCACGGGGCAAUUAUGGCAUUUGAUAACAGUUCGUCAUAUCCGAUACGGCGAUCUCACCAGAGCUGCAACAGGAGCUACGAGACGCGGUGA